AUGUCUACGCACGGCCACAAACACUCCGUCUCGGUCUCCCAGAACCAGAAAGCUCAACUUGCGUCGGCGUACAACGAAUUAGGGAAGGAGUUAUCGUCGACUAAGAUCAGGGUCGUCGGGAACUAUACAUUGGGCAAGGUGAUCGGGGAAGCAGGGGCGUACGGGAAGGUACGACUGGGGACGCACCGUUUGACGUCUACGAAAGUGGCGAUAAAGCAAAUUCCGAAAGCUAUGUCGGCCUCCCUGACCCGCGAAAUACACCAUCACCGCCGUCUGCACCAUCCUCAUGUAACCCAACUCUACGAAGUAAUCGCGACCGAGUCGUCGAUCUGGCUAGUCACGGAGCUCUGUUCUGGUGGCGAACUGUUUGACUAUCUGGCGGAGAAAGGCCGGCUAAACGAAGAGGAGACUAGGAUCAUAUUCGGUCAACUCUGCCUAGCGGUUGCCUACGUCCACGAGAAGGGGAUAGUGCAUCGCGACCUCAAGCUGGAGAACGUUCUUCUAGAUGAGAGGUGCCGUGUGAAGCUGGGAGACUUUGGGUUCACUCGGGAGUUUGAGCGGGGAGGCCUGCUGGAAACAUUUUGCGGCACAACUGGAUAUGCUUCGCCAGAGAUGCUCCAAGGUCGAAAGUAUCUUGGGCCAGAGGUCGACAUAUGGUCUCUCGGAGUCAUCCUAUAUACCCUCUUGACCGGUACCUUGCCCUUUGAUGACGAUGACGAGAACGUAAUGCGUGAGAUGAUUAUCAAGGGGGAGUUCGAAGAUCCAGAGUGGCUGUCAGACGACGCGAGGGAUCUAAUAAAGAAAAUCCUCGUCAAAGACCCAUCCCAGAGAUCGUCCAUCUCGCAGAUCUUAUCCCAUCCCUGGUUU